UGAUAGAACCCCAUAGUCUUAUAGUUAUACACUCUCCUCUUUUAUCUUCCCCAUCCCUCUCUGCCUAUCAAUUUCAAACCUCUGCUUUUAAACACUUACACUCUUUUACUUUCCUCUUCUUUUGGAUCAAAAUUAUAGACUUUUUUUUUUCUUUUUGAUUUUAACAAAAAAAAAGCCAUGGAAAUUGAUCAUUUAAAGUCUGCAACAACACAAGACCAGAUGGAGACGAUGAUGAUGCAAGCGGAGUAUAAUAUCUACAACGACGUCGUUCAAUUACCCCUUGCAAGUCCAAGCACUUUCGUCGAAAGCCCACCAUUUAUCACCGGUUCAACGCCGGGUCAACCACCGUCCACCGCCGUUUGUCCCGGUUUACUGAAGAAGAAUUCGAUGGGUGCAAUGAGGGAAAUGAUAUUCCGAAUAGCAGCAAUGCAACCGAUACAUAUAGACCCUGAAUCCGUCAAACCACCGAAGAGACGGAACGUGAAGAUAUCUAAAGACCCACAAAGUGUAGCGGCGAGGCACCGGCGAGAAAGGAUCAGUGAGAGAAUAAGGAUAUUGCAAAGAUUGGUCCCUGGUGGGACAAAAAUGGAUACCGCUUCAAUGUUGGAUGAAGCUAUUCAUUACGUUAAGUUCUUGAAAACACAAGUGCAAUCAUUGGAAAGAGCUGCCGCCGUUGGCGGUGGUGGGAUAGGGUUUCCUUUAGGUAUGUCAAAUGGUGAGAGUUUUUUUAGCAUGGGGAAAGGGUUUCAAUUGCAUCAAAAUGAUGGUGUUCAACAAUUUGGAGAUGUUUAGUGUAAAACUUGUAUAAAAACUCAUAAUCUUUUUUUCUAAUUAGAGAGUUUUAAAUGGAAUGUUCAAGGAGGGAACUGAUCAUUGAUUUUCAUGUAGUCCAUCUUGUGUUGGUAUUCAAAGUUGAAAUCUAUGACUAGAUAGCUAAAUUCCAAACUUUUCAUAAAAUUGGUUUGGACUUUCUAA